CCCUUAUCCACACUUUUUAUUAUAAGGCCAACAUUCCAACAAUCCAGACACAUUUCUUUGAUUACUUUGGCUAAGAAAAAAAAAUGGAAAAGAAAGAGCAAAAGAUUAUGGUGGCUGUGGAUCAGAGUGAGGAAAGCAUGCAUGCACUGUCAUGGUGCCUAAGCAAUCUUAUUUCAGAUACCAACAAAAAGAAGCUUCUUCUGCUCCAUGUCAAGCCUCCUCCUGCUAUCUGCUCCUUCGACACUGCAGGGUAUGUGUUUUCCCCUGAAGUUAUUGCUGCUAUGGAAAAGUACAGUAUGGAGCUUGCUAAUUCAGUAAUGGAUAAAGCUGAAGCCAUUUGCAGAAAUUUAAACGCCACCGAUAUAACUAUGGAGAGAGUAAUUGAGAUGGGAGAUGCAAAGAAUGUAAUUUGCAGUACAGUGCAGAAGUUAGAUGCUGACACUUUGGUCAUGGGAAGCCGUGGUUAUGGAUUCUUCGAGAGAACACUCCUUGGAAGUGUGAGCGACCACUGUGCCAAGCAUGCAAAGUGUCCUGUUAUAAUCGUCAAACAACCAUGAAAGAGUUUCUCAACUUUCUUUAAGUAAGUGCUGGCUCGAUUCAAGGGAAGCAGUUUCAAAGUCAUAGCUUCAACCACUAUACAUAGUCCAUGAAUAUUUCUUUUUUCUAUAUUUUCUAUUGUUAGUUUGAUCUAUAAUAGACCUAGCAAAGUACAUUAUUAUGUUGCUGAUUAUAUGAUCUAGUUUUGAGACGGUCAUGUACAUAUAUAAUAUAAAAAUGUUAUU